GGGCGUUGCUGAAUUUAAAGUUCUUCUGACAGCUCGCUUAAAAAUCUAUAUCUUCUCAUCACUAAUGGAAGUCCAAUUAGGUUUUCUAGCUUUUGUUUUCUAGGUCAUACGGCUAAGUUCCGGUGUAUCGGUUCGAAUUUAAAACAUCUAAAGUCUUCUAAUUUAAAUGAAAUCGAUAGAUGUUUCAAAUUAACUAAAGAAUGGGAUUGAAUUGAUCUCCAAUCCAAUUAUGGCAAAACAAUUUUCUCGUGGCGAAAAGCUAGCUCUAGGGGCUGUUCAUAGCUCUAGCUAGGUCGUCAGGCCAUAACAAAACAUGAUACAAUGCAUAAGAGAAAUAGAUAGAGAAACCCUAGAAAAAAAGAAAGAAAACUUUGUAAUAAUUAAUGGUAGCAUGCAAGCAAAUGCCUUCAAGAUAUUGUUGUUGUUGUUAUGGGGCAUUGCAGACCCUUUGCAUUCCUCUUGAGCUUGCCUUUUGCGUUCGUCUCUUUGAUGCUAUCUUUGGAUUGUCGGGUACGCAGCCGUUCUCCUUUCCCGUUUUCUUCUUCAUCUCUUGUGUAUUUGCACAAAUAUGUCGAUUAUUUAAUGCGAGAUCGAUCGUAUUCAUCGUCAACCUAUUGAUCAUUUUGCACUUGUUUAUAUAUGAAUCCUUAUUUUUGCAGGAGCAUAUUGAAUUGCAUCUGCCCCUGCUGUUGCAUGUGUUGUACUGGAAUUGCAAAUUUUGCCGUCAGCCUCGUCAAACUCCCGUUCAUGAUUAUAUUAUAUAUAUGGAGAUGUUCAUUGACUUCAUUCCUUGUUGACUACGAGGAAAAAUUGAAGCUAGGUUCGUUGAUUUGUGGGAUAUUUAUGGUAAGAAAAGGAGGGCGCCACUCCCCACUACUCAAAUUGGCUCGAGUAUUUAUCAUCUUAACUUCCAAAGAUGCCAAUACGAAUUAUUUGCCUAUGUUUAGAAUGCCUACUAAAUAGAAGGAUUAUUGCUCUUAUAAUUUUUCCCUUGUAUCACAUAACGUUGAGAUUGGAGAGGGUAAUUAUCCAAUUCUGGUAUUUAUUCGAUAGUUUGAUUCAAUCACACUCUUAAAUGAAUCCAUUCCUUGAAAUGAAUCAAAUGAUCGUGUAGAAUUAUCGAAAAAUUUAUUCCUUUCUCCUUUUAGCGUUUCUGGAGCCCCAACUUCAAUAACAGUGUGCUCCUUUGCUUUCUCUAACAAAAUUUGUUUUUUUUUUCCUGGGUUCUGCGUAAUUUAAUAAGCUUUAAGGUCUUCAAGGGAGGGCUGAUCUCAAUUUUAAGGUCUGUGAUAAAACAUCAUUAGACUACUUAAUAAAAGGCAGUUUUUUUUUGUUUUGCCAGAAUUGGCUGGUGUGGUGACACCUAUCCAAAAUGACCAAGAAACCUUCCCUUUGCCACGUGCCCCUACACACCCGUUAGAAGUUGCAUGGUGUUCUGCAUCCUUUUAAUUGUUUCCAUAUUUACUUAGUUAAUUAAAGCCCAUUUAAACUCUAAUAUAUAAAGUAACCAGCCAUCCCAUGAACCUCAAAAGUUUCACUUAAAUUUAAAGCAUACUUUAUGUGAUGAAAUAGCAUAUCUAGAAAAAUGACACCCCUAUUAAUUAUAGGUUUUUAAGUUAAUUAAUUUGUGUUGCAUUUAAUAAUCUGUAUGAAUUAAAAAUACAUAUUAAUUACAUUCCUUUUUUCAGUGCACUGUUAGUUGUAUCAGUGCAAUGAUAUUAUUGUAUAGGUGCAAUGAUAGAUGUAUAAGUGCAAUGAUAGUUAAAAAAAGGAACGUAAUUAAUAUGAGUUCAGUAUACAAGUGCAAUGAUAGUUGUAUCAAUGCAAUGGUAGUUAAAAAAAGGAAUGUAAUUAAGAUUAGUUUUUAAUUUCCAAAGAUUAUUAAAUGCAACACAAAUUUAAUACAAAAAAUAACUAUAAUUAAUAGGAAUGUCAUUUUUCCAACUCUUAGAAGGGUUAGCAUGCUAACCGAUCCCUAUACUUUAUUCAUAUUUUUAAUGAUUUAGAGUUAAUGUGCGGCGAUUGCCACAUAGGUAUUUCACUUGUAAUAAUAAUUUCCAAGGGGAACUCCAUAUAAUAUAUAUAAUAUCAAGCGCCAUAUUCUAGACCCUUAAAUUCUUUAUAUAUACCAUGCAUCCUUAUUCAAAAUUAAAAUGUAUUUUAGAUUACAACUAAUCAAUACAAUUCUAAUUAUAUGUUCUUGCAAUGAUCGUUAGAUUAACUUGUGAAGUUGUACGAAACAAGUUUCAGAAAUAUUAAAAAUUAAGCACAAGCAGAUCAUAAACUAUUUUCACUUAUAUUAUAUAACACAAGGAAAAAUAAAACCCUAAGUUAUGUAGCACAUGCUCAUGAUGGCCAUUUAAUAAUGAAGAGAGAAGGAUUAAUUAAUUAAGUGGUCAAAAUAGCUCUGCUACGCUAGCCGGCCGGCCGGCUGGAUAUAUAUCUAAUAUUUUUUUUUAUUUAGAUAAUAUCUUUUAGCUACAAUAAAAUUAUAUGCAAUUAUAUUUAAAUUAUUUAAAAUUUUGUUUGUAUGUUUGAUAUGUUUUGGGUGGGUAACGUCCGCCUGGGGUGAGCGGACAUAAGUAUUUUUUAUUUUUUUUUCUCACUCACUCUAUUCUCGAUUCGUUUUGUCUAAAUUAUAUGCAAUUAUAUUUAAAUUAUUUAAAAUUUUGUAUUUUAGCUACAAUAAAAUUCUAAAUAGGUGAGAACUUCAAUUUUUUGAAUAAUUUAAUUACAUUUAUGAUAUCUGAUGUUCUUAGUGAAAAAUGAAUAUUUCUAAUAUUUUCAUUUUAAAUUACAUAUGUAUUUGGGAUCGACCUAUCCAACCCACAUCCCGUAAUGAAAUUACAAGACCUACCACAAGACAUAUAUUGAUAUCGAGAUACCCACCCAUACCUGCACAUUUCCAACUGCUCAUCCAAUAUCCUAUAUAUAUUCUCCAGGUGGCAAGGCUUGGUAUAGCAAAGCCAUACAACACAGACCCAACCUGCAGAUAGAGUAAAAAAGAGGGAGUGAAACAAAAAAACCCAUUACUUACAUACCAUGGGGAGUGGACUACUGGAAUACUAUCUGCUGCUACCGUUCCUCCUCACCAUCGCCGGCGGAACGUGGUUGGUGAUCAGCAGGAAGAGGAAAAGCAGCAAGAAGCCAACUGCACCGGGGCCGUGGCAGCUCCCCAUCAUCGGCAACCUCCACCAACUCAUGAUGAACGUCAGCGAGCAGCUGCCGGCGCACCAGUUCAUGCGGCAGCUCGCCCAGAGACACGGCCCCGUGAUGCGGUUCCAGGUCGGCGAGGUCGCCAGCGUCUACCUCUCGUCGGCGGAAGGCGCCGAGCAGGUGAUGAGGACGCACGACGUCGCCUGCGCCACCAGGCCCUUCCGCAUCGUCGGCGAGAUCAUCCACUACGGCUGCAAGGACCUCGUCUUCCUGCCCUACGGGGAGGAGUGGAGGCAGCUGAGGAAGCUCUGCGUCAUCGAGCUCCUCAGCGCCAGGCGCGUCUCCUCCUUCCGUAACAUUCGAAAGGAGGAGGUCGCCAAUCUCGUUCGAACGAUUCGGACGAGAUUGGAGACUCAAAAAGGACAUCAGGACGAUGGACUUCAAGCAGCUGGGAUGAACCUGAAGCCCGUCCUGAUGUCCCUGACGAAUGUCAUCACUUCUCGUUCGGCUUUUGGGAUGGCAGCCCCGAAGCUGAACGAGAAGUUCGUCGGGAUUAUCGAGGACAUGGUGUGCUUGUUCGGAGCUUUCGAGAUCUCCGAUCUGUUCCCUUCCCUCAAGUUUCUGCCGGUUGUCAGUGGGUUCCGGUGCAAGGUUACGGCGCUCCAUCGAGCGGUGGAUUCGGUGCUGGAUCAAGUCAUCAAGCAACACGUGGUCGCUAGAUCAACUACAAGAAGUGCUACUACUGCUGCUACCAAGGUUCAUCAUGGUGAUGACACGACGGAGGAUCUGGUGGAUAUUCUUCUCAACCUUCAACAAAAUGCUGACCUACCCUUCACCUUGACCACGGAUGCCAUCAAGGCUGUCCUCCUUGAUAUGUUUAUUGGCGGUACUGAUACGUCAGCGGUAACAAUAGAAUGGACGAUGUCGGAAAUGAUGAAAAAUCCAAGUGCGAUGGAAAGAGCUCAAGCCGAGGUGAGAAGCGUCUUUUCCGACGGUGGUGUGAGUGAAGAAGGACUCCACAAAUUGGUGUACUUGAACGCGGUUAUCAACGAGACUUUCCGAUUGCACCCUCCGGGCCCGAUACUUCCUAGGAUAAACCGAGAAAAGCUGGAGAUCGAUGGCUUCGAGAUCCGGGCAAAAACUCAAAUCAUGGUCAACGUCUGGGCUAUAGGAAGAGAUCCACGCCACUGGUCCGAACUCGAGAAAUUCGACCCGGACAGGUUUCUCAACUCCGCGAUCGACUACAAUGGAAGACAUUUCAUGUUCCUGCCCUUUGGCGCAGGAAGAAGGAUGUGCCCCGGAAUACAAUUCGCUAUGGUCACCGUUCAGCUCGCGCUAGCAAACUUGCUGUUCCAUUUCGACUGGAAGCUGCCUCACGGAAUGAAACCCGAAGAUUUGGACAUGACAGAGAUCUUUAGAGCCGCGCUCAAGAAGAAAGAAAACCUGUGCCUGAUCCCCCGUUCCCGUGGCAAGUUCUAAUUGAAGCGACAAGCGAGGCCAUCCGGAGUUAAUAAAGAAAAGACAUUAAACAAAAAACGAAUCUCUUUCUCUUUGUUAUAUUAGCUCUUCGUUUUGAAUGCAAAAUAUGUAUUGCGCGUCAACACCGUAGCCUUGAAUCAGUGUGUUUGCUUGUGUAUUUAUAAAUGAGUGUUUCUAAUAAAGAUCAUCGUUGGUGAUAAUCAAGGAAGAGCUCAAGACUCUUUUAAGAUUUUGCUCGUCAUGACUCAUGACUAAGGCCUUGGAUUCUCCCUCUUGAUUCAAGACUUCUUAGUUCUUUCCAUCUCUCUCAUCCUCUGGAAAUUUUUGAUUCCCCGAUUUGGGGAAGCUUUUUUUUUUUCCUCUCUUCCGGGACGAGGCGGUUGCCCUAAUUGGGUGGAUGGCUGGUCAGCGGUUCGGUCAGUUAACCGUUCGAACGGCUCAUUGACCGACCGGUUUAUGGGUGGCCACUGUGCAGAGCUGGUCAGGCUAUCUGAUGCCGAUUUUAUCGAUCCAAUCGGCUGGUUGACUAGAUUCUGAUACAUCAUUUAAAUGAGAUAGAAUUUUCACCUAAAUUUUUCGGUCAAUAUGAGAGAAAAUUGAAAAAAGUCAAAAGUUGGAUUAACGAAACAUGAUAGGAUGGAUAAGAGAAAUUAAAUACAUACAUAAACCCUAGAAAGAAAGAAAACUUUGUAAUAAUUAAUGGUAGCAUGCAAGCAAAUGCCAAGAUAUUGUUGUUGUUGUUGUUGUUGUUAUGGGGCAUUGCAGACCCUUUGCAUUCCUCUUGAGCUUGCCUUUUGGGUUCGUGUCUUUGAUACUAUCCCUUCUUGGAGCUCUUCUUUGGAUUGUCGGGUACGCGCUUGAUCCGUUCUCCGUUCCCGUUUUCUCCUUCAUCUUUUGUGUAUUUGCGCAAACAUGUCUGAUUAUUUAACGCGAGAACGAUCGCAUUCAUCGUCAACCUAUUCAUUUGCACUUUGUUUUAUAUAUGAAUCCUUAUUUUUGCAGGAGCAUAUUGAAUUGCAUCUGCCCCUGCUGUUGCAUGUGUUGCACUGGAAUUGCAAAUUUUGCCGUCAGCCUCGUCAAACUCCCGUUCAUGAUUAUGGAGAUGUUCAUUGACUUUAUUCCUUGUUGACUACGAGGAAAAAUUGAAGAUAUGUUGUUGAUUUUUUGCCCUUAAAUUUUGAGGAUUGUGUAAUUAUCAUCAUCAUCAUCAUGUACAUAUCUUCCCUAAUCGUAGAGUUGAUGUUUAUAUCUUUUUCAUAAUAAAAUUUUGAAUAUUGU